CCGCCGUCCCGGCAGUCGCGAGCCGCCUUCCCAGCCCUCAGCAGCAGCCAGCUUCCUGCGAAGAGGACGUCCACUCGGUCGAGGGUCUUUCGCGAUUUGGACGCGCGUCAACAAGUGGCUCGCAGCUUGGUCAACUGAUGGUUGGACGCGAUGAUAACCUGAAGGCGUGAGAGUGUAUGCGGCGAUGUGGGCCGUGGUAGCGGCCGCGUUCUGGGUGUGCGUGGUGGCCACUCCGCAGCCGCUGCACCUGGAGCGGGACUCCUUCAGAAGGCCCAACGUCUGGCAGAAACGGGACCAGCAACCCAUCGGACAGAAUCCUGCCACUGUAGAUAUGACACAGCAUUUGCCACAGCUUGUCGCAGUCAACUCGCAACUCAUGCUGCGCUCACCCAGAGGAUCACGCCAGUACGACGUGCCCCAAAUCGAAUGUCCCCCCGCCCCCGACGGCAUGGAGCGGUUUGCAUGCCCCACCCCCGACAGGCAGGGCCGCUACCACUGCAUAGACGACCACGUCCUUUGCGACGGCUUUAUAGACUGUCCCUCCGGGGAAGACGAAGACCGGCAGGCCUGCAUGUUUUAUAAAACGACAAAAGCGCACCUGGACGUAUUAGCCGACGCGCUUUUACGGUGGGCGCGCGGCCGUUAACCCCCCAUGCCUCCGGGCGGUCCGGGGGGCGCCCGAAAGUCAGGUCCGCGCGUCCCUCAGAUCGCCCCACCUCCGCCCACCGACUAGCGUAUACUUCAGAGAGUAAUAAGACUUCGCAAGUGGCAGCCGCGGACGACACACCACCUAGGGGACUUUGCUCAUCAAAAACAAACACAAUUUUCGGUCUGGAGGAAGCAUUAACAAGUAUCCAAGUAGUGGUCGGUGUGUGUGGGUCCCGACGAGCUGCAGCUCGCUGUGUAGUAACCAUUCCCAAAUAGUGCAUUCCACUAGAACGACAGGAGCCUCUCCAACAAACCUCCCUCGAUCGUCUGAAGAAGGCCUUAGCUACUUUUAUUCCUUCUAUUACAGCCCGUUUUCUUGCAGAUUCAGACCAGUAGUUGGUGCUCUGUAGCGUUGGUUCUUUUCCAAAACAUAAAUAAGAAUUAACACGGCGACAAAGGGUGAAGGUUACUGUCAAGCUUUGCCGUUUGGAGGCGUGUCGAAUGUCAAUCAAAUUGUUUAGAAAAUAAUGAAUAUGUUAAAGCCUGUUUGUUACAAAUUUAUCACUGUUAAUAUUGUUAAUAUUCUAAAAAAUACGAGAGACUUAUAUUUUAAUCAGUCUCGACUCGUUAAAUUGUUUGGAAAGAGUUCUGAAAGCACUCAGGAAAGCCCUAAAACACUCAACGCCAGCCACUAUAUGCACUUAUAAAUCAUGUAGAAAAGAAGAAAAUUUACAAAAAAAGUACUUAGUCGUAGUUUAUUAUACUAAGUGUGGCAUUGUACAACUAUUUAUUGAAAAAUCAUGCUUUUGAUGUAAGAUAUUUAUGAUUACGCACUUUAUUAGAUAACCUGGCUGUUGUUCAGAAGUUUUAUCAGCAAGGGCGUGGAGCGACAUUCUGUAAUCAAAACACGGAGGCUGGGCCGUUGUUUGGAAACUAAUCACUACACAGAAGUGUUCCCGAAAAAGAGAGAAAACGAAUAUGUCAGUUAAUGGUAUCGGGCGAUGAUUUUCACAUCAUCCUGAGCCACCGAAAUCCAUCAACUGACAUUAAACGCUGUAGUCGACGAAACUCCCAACAACGGUUUUAAAGUUUUUCUUGCAGGAUGUUACAUGAUUUGACUGUUAAAGAUUUAUGCGAAAGUUUGUAAAGAGGGAUGUUUUUCGUUUCAAAGUAUGAAAACUAAUUAGACUGUAAGCUUACUGACGGAGCACUUUGUUAAUAAUAUAAUUAAAAAAAACUAAAAACGCGUAUAGCUUAUGAAGUACCGAUGAUAAAGUGAUUUAUUUUUGUACUUAUUGCUGUGGUCUACGCAAGGUCGCUGAAAAAUAUCCUUCUUGGGCAUGCACGAGUCGAGACAAUAGAGUUGGCCAAUUAAUUUCGUUUCCGAACAAGACGGUUCACAUUUCCGUUACGUACUGAUUUUUUUUGUUAAUUUAAGGAGACUCGAAAUGAACGAAGCAUCGGCCUACGAACCUAGCUUGUAGCUAAAAUACGUAGACUUCCAUAGCUGCAAGUGUUUACAACAGACUCCGGUGUGGAAAUCGAUUCUGGAACUCAAAACAACUGGAAACGGUUCAUGAGUCAAUAACCUCUAUAAUUCGGAAUCUAUCCCUAUUAAUCAUCGAGAAAAAAGCAACGAGAUGAAUUAUUGCACUCGCUGUUACUACUGACACAGUUAAACUGUCAAAACACUUGCAGCCGUGCAAACAACCAAACAGGGAAAAUCAAGACCCUCGAAAAAUUAUUUUUCCACACACACAAACACAAAAAGAUAGGUUUUAGUUGUUUCUCAGGGUCAAAAGGCAUAAUGUUCCACAUUCCUUACCCACACGAUCCUUCCUAUCACCCGAGAAAAUCGCCUCCGAGGAGACAUUUUCGACGGACUCUCAAAAUGAAUCGUUCCUGACGUAGAAUAAGAACUGCACUGCUGCACAAGAGCACUAAUGCACCAAUUUUCCUUCGUAUAUGUUGGACUUGAUUUCGGUUAAUCGUUUCUUUCCGAUUCGUUUUUUAAGUGCACGAUUUUACAGCGCUGAAGUGAUGUGAAGUAACGGCAAAGCCGAGUUUUUUAAUGUGAUAUAUUCCUGCCACUGAAACUUUACAGUGUUUUCUCCUAAUGUUUAACUGUGUGUGACUUUUUAUCAUAUUUAUAAAUCGGCAGACUCCUUAAAUUUAAACUAAAAGUUAUUUUUCUACGUGCGCUAUUACCUUUGCGUUCACGAGGGAGCUGUUUUCUUAUUCUAGUCAAUUUCUAGUCUGUAACCAAAGUAAUAAGUGAAUAUAUCAAGUGUAACUUGCAAUAAGUAUUUUUAACUAUGUUCGAAGCAAAUUUGAAAGUUACUUUUGGGAAUCUGCAAGUGAAAGAGACACAAUCACUUUCGUCAAGCCCCGAGAUCGCUCCGCGACGAUUUCAAACGUAAUUUUCGAAUGUGAGGCAUUGUUUUGAAAUUUUUAGUACAAGUUCCUGUAUUGUAGGCAACGUUGCGUUCAGGUUAUUUUUGUACAAAAAUUAGAGCUAAGUUGAGGAAAGUUCGAAAUGCUUUCGGAUCCCCGGAUGGGUUAGUGUAACAUUUAAGGAGUCCCGACACGGCACCUGCACAUAAAUUAUAAUAUAAAAAAGUAAUAAAAAUAUAUUCUAUAAAUAUGAAGAUAUUUAUUUUUUACGUGUUUAGUUUUGAACUAACGUAGUAACUGUUCAUAUGAAUGUUUAUAAUAACAACAAAUCUGCACUGAUCUCUCUAAAUUUUGGUACAUGUGUUCUAUUAUAAUAGAUGUCACCAUGCACUAACGCACAAACCGGAGGCAUGCCCCACACGACACUCGCCGGAGUGGCCUCUGCGGCACGCCGCCCCCUCCGCACUUAGUUUAGUCAAUUGUCGCAACCAAACAUUCCCGCCCCAUCCCCUGUCCUGUCACCGAUGACCCGAAACUGAACGGAUAGGUGGGCGGUGAGACCCGCGGAGUCCUAUUGUAAUAGUUAAAUCUGACGGCCUAAAUAUUUUUAUAAAGAAAAAUAAUAAAAAUAGGUAUUUGUUGACUGAUCAUUCUGCGCCUGUCAUAGUUUCUCCGAAGACGCCGGGUCGUCUCUCACACCGACGCCGAAGGGUCUCACCACCUCAGCGUCCGACAACCGCUACCUUAUUAAUGUGUAAAUGAGUAUAUUUUACUAUUAGCCUAUUUAAAACAGUAUGAUGUACAAUAUUAUACGAUACGAUGUACUAUACUAGAUAUCGGAGGUGCGCUAUUAUAAAAAUCGGUUCAGAAGAGUGUCCACGCGACCUCUCUAAGAGUAUGGGGUAACUAUCUAUCCUGAUACAUACCUAUUAUUAUUAUAACAGUAAAUAAUUAUAAAUGUACAAUAAAUGCCUCAGCCAAUAAAAUGGUCUUAAAAUUG